AUGCUUCAGAAUUUGGUCGGUUAUAGAUCUCCUCACAUUAUGUUAAGCAUGAAUCCCAUUCGUGUCCCGAAGCACAACGCCAUCUCAAUGGUAUUCUAUUAUGAAUAUAAUUCUCAGAAAGUCACUCACCACCCCGUUCUCUAG